AUGGUUGGCCGCACCGAGACGCACCCUGCCGCCCCCGACCCCAGCUUCGACGCUGACGCUGCUUCUUCUUCCAUUCCAGUUGCCGAACCAUCUCUAUCCCCAGAUCCAGACCGUCAUGGCGAUGAGGAAACCCGAGGCCGCGCCAAGCUGGCCAUCCACCCCCUCUCCCUGCCAAAGAACCGCAGCACUGGAAACCUGCACGUCUCCGCCGACGAGUCAAACAGGAGCCGCUAUAGAAUGUCCUUUGACGCAACAUCCGCUUCCUCCUCCGCCGACCAUGAAGCCCUCACCAGGACCACCUCCUUGAUGGCAGACAAGGAGCAUGGACUCGGUCUGUCCGGGCUCCAUCGCAUCCGUCAGCAGCAGCCUCCAUCUCGAAACCCCGCCUCGCCCUCCUCUUCCAGGAGCCCUUCCGUCGUCGCCCUCUCCCGUACGCCAUCCCUCGGUGCCAUGCUCUCCCAAUCCGGCACCGCUCCUCUCUCCCCCGGCCUAGAUUCCCGCACCUUCACCGAAGACCUGUCACGGUUCCCCUCCGAGUCCCUCCAUUCCUUCUCCUUCGCCCACCAGUCCGAGGACUUCCUUCACAACCGACAGAAUGUCCUCAAACGCUCCAUCGAGUUCAUGAAGGACCGCAUGGGAUGGCCCAUGAACUCUUCCCAGGCCGGUCUCGCCAGUGCCCAGGCCCGCGCCAACGGUGACGUCGAUGCCCAGAAUGUCCUCGAACUCCUCGCUCGCGCACAGUUGAUAGGUGCAGGCAACCUCCCCAGCGCCGAAUUCACCGUGCCCCCGGGCCCCCUUACUGGCCCUCCCGCCAUCUCCGCCGACAACGUCUUCGACAACCACUUCACGCCGCGAAGCAGCAGUCCCGAGCCUAUCGAUCCCAUCUCAGCUUCGCCCACAGCAUCACCAGGGUCAGCAACAGCGCCACCGCUGCCGAAUCAUGCGCAGUUACACCCCAACGACUCGCAGCAACAGCAUCGGCAACCACCCACGGCCAAACGGACCAGGACGGCGACGACGGCAAAGCAGUAUGUUCGAGCCGAUACCUCUCAAGAUUCAAGCAGAACCCCCACAGACGAGAGUACCGCCACGGCCGUGACUUCUCCUCCGGCAUCUAGGCCCAUCAGCCUCAAACGUACCAUGACCGAUACUAUCGACAUGAGCAUAGAGAACAAACUAGUCGACACACUGUCCCAGCCCUAUUACCAGGAACUCAUGGCCUCGCCGUUGCUAGGCCCGCAAUCAGCCUCUGGAGUGCCACCCAACCUCGCUCUCGGCCCCUCGGUCCACGGGCACACCAACAGAUGGGUCCCCGCUGCCCAGGCCAUCUUCACGACCGAGUCGAAGCCCCCUUGGACCAUCAUCGCCGCCAACGACCUCGCCUGUCUCGUAUUUGGCGUCACCAAGGCCGAAGUGCGGAGAAUGGGCAUCCUCGAAGUCGUCCAAGAGGAGAGACGGGGCUGGCUGGAGCGCAAACUCCUGUCCGAGGGCGACGAUGAUGUGGAACAGGGAAAGCAGUCCUCGCGGCCGAUACCCCCGGCCUCAUCGGCUGCUUCGGCACUCCUUGGCAAUCGGUCCGGCAUGACGGCACAGCUUAUCGGCAAGCCCAGCUCGAGAAGCCCGCAGCCCCUGAAGUACACGGAGAGACGGUCCCAGACGGUACACAGCGGGGAUCCGUCCCCGCCCAAGACGCGUGGAGGCGCACGGCAUCGCAGUUCCCGGUCGAGAGGUGUUCUGCUGUGCGGUGACAUUGUGCCGAUCCAGAAGCGAAACGGCUCCACCGGCUCUGCUAGUCUAUGGGUCAAGGAGAAACGCAUCGGGUUGAUCUGGGUCCUCGAAGAGAUCCACGACGACACUGCCUGCGUUGAGCUCGACGAGGAAGGCCUGGUCAAGAAGGUCUCGGGCGCUACCCAGGCCAUCUGGGGCGUCGACUCGGUCAAACCCGGCGUCGACAUCAAGACACUCAUCCCUCGCAUCCCCCGACAAGGCAUCGACCCCAACACGGGCGAGAUCGACUUUGCCCAAGUCAGGCGACGCAGAUACUUCACCUGCCCCAACGCACGGAAGAUCAACAUUCCAUGCACCAUCGAGCAGCAGCAAGGGACGCUGGAGCUGCGCGUGUCAUCGUACCCUCACAUUGCCGGCAUGAUCGUCGUGGACCCUAAGACGCUCCACAUCCGAAGCUCGAACGCCGUCUUCUGCGGUGCUCUGUUCGGAUUCGACAGGCCGGACGGCAUGGCCAUCGAUGCCCUCAUCCCCGAGUUCGACAAGAUCCUGGAGAUGCUGACGGAAGUCGAGGGCUUGGAGCUUCUGGACGGCAUGGUGGUUCCCGAGGACCGGUUCCGGAGGGCGUCAGGCCUUCUGGCCAUUCGCGAGCAGCGUCCAGAUGCCUCGGAAGCCUUCCUGAAGCCCGAGGGACUCCCGGCCAAACAUCGCGAUGGGUCGGAACUCAAGAUUGACGUGCAGAUGCGCGUUGUCAAGAGUGAGAAGCAGAGCAACAUCGUCGAAGAGACCGUCAUCGAGGGUAGCGACGAAGAAGAUGAGAGCAAGAACGACGACCAUUUUGUCAUCUCUCAGCCCGAGAUGGUCUAUGCUUUGUGGAUCACGUACUCCCGCCAUCUCCACGCCGAACAGCCUCAGAUAAACGUCAGCGCUGCCUGCCAGCCGGCAGGAACUCUCUCCUCUCACCAUCUGCACCAGCCGUCUCCCGGACAGACGCCGCUGACACACACACCUGACAAGCCACCCUCUACGCCAAGCGAAGUGGAAGAUGCCAAGAAAGACUCGGAAUCCAGGACCUCUGCGCUGUCCCGACAGCUGAAGGACGCGGCGAUGAAUGCCGCGGCCAAGAUCACGGGCCAGAAGGGGUCACAGUCGCCCGAGGCCGCGGCCGCGGCCGUCCGUUCAGAAAAGCGACAGUCGUCUGAUCUGAAGACGAUGGAGCACCAGCCGGGCAAGAGGAACAUAAACGACUACACCAUCCUCGAGGAAAUGGGCCAGGGCGCCUACGGCCAGGUCAAGCUGGCGCGGAACAAGCACACGGGUAACAAGAUGGUGCUCAAGUACGUGACCAAGAAGCGCAUCCUGGUGGACACGUGGACGCGAGACCGCAAGCUGGGCACGGUGCCGCUGGAGAUUCACGUUCUCGACUACCUCAGCCGUCCCGAGUUCAAGCACCCUAACAUUGUCGAGAUGGAGGGUUUCUUCGAGGACGACGUCAACUACUACAUCGAGAUGAAGCCCCACGGCCUGCCGGGUAUGGACCUGUUUGACUACAUCGAGCUGCGCUCCAACAUGGAUGAGUCCGAGUGCCGGAGCAUCUUCCACCAGGUGGCACAGGCCAUCCAGUUCCUCCACGUCAAGGCACGCGUCGUCCACCGUGACAUCAAGGAUGAGAAUGUCAUUCUUGACGGUGACGGGAACAUCAAGCUUAUUGAUUUUGGGAGCGCAGCGUAUAUCAAGAGCGGGCCCUUUGAUGUGUUUGUGGGCACGAUUGAUUAUGCUGCACCCGAAGUCCUGGCCGGCAGACCCUACGGCGGCAAAGAGCAAGAUGUGUGGGCCCUGGGCAUCCUCCUCUACACAAUCAUCUACAAGGAGAACCCGUUUUACAGCAUCGACGAGAUCAUGGACCGCGACCUGCGCAUCCCAUUUGUCAUGAGCGAAGACAGCAUCGACCUGAUCCGAGGCAUGCUAGAUCGGGACGUGGAGCACAGAUACGAUAUCGAGCAAGUUCUUGCCCAUCCUUGGCUGCAGGCAUGA